GCCGAACACAACAACAAUUUAAUCAUGGCUGCCAUACUGACUUGCCUGGUUAAAACUUUUCAGUGGAUACCCGUUUUAUUUAUCAACGCAGUUAUCAUUUGGUCAUACUACGCUUAUGUUGUAAUUCUAUGUUUCGGUAAGAGCACUAAUUUCGUACUUGCUUCUUCCCGUUUUCGGAAAUCGUCAAAUUUGUGACUUGAUCCUUCAACACUGUUCAACUGCCGGAUCUGUCGUUUUCUGCAGUCUUGAGUAUCUUCAGCUUCCUGAUCUCUAACCCAAUGCGCCUUCUUUUUUUUCAGAGAGUGUUCAGUCUGUAUAUGAGCGAGGUAGGUUUAAAAACAUAUUCAAUGUAACAUCUGUGUACGUUCACAAGUUUCGAAAUCAAGGCCUUAAUUCCUUUGUGUCACGGUGAUUAAGCCGUUCAUAGUAGUUUUAUUUUUUUUCUACAACUCAUAGACUGCACUGACCAUUUUUUUCAGCUGUGUAUUUGAUGUUCUAUCACCCUUUCUUUGUGAUGCUGAUGAUAUCUUAUUGGCGGACGAUAUGCACAUCAUCCGGUUUUGUUCCUUCUCAGGUGUGUUAUGAAAUAAUAUUGUACCAACCUUGGAAAUUAAAAAUAAGCUACAAUUAGCCUGUCUUUAAACUAAGUUUUCUCUUUAUAUUUUGUUCUGAUAAUGAACUACAGCCGCAUAGUAAUAGGGCGAUUGAUCAGAGGCGUCAAUACUGUCUAUAAAGUCUAUAAAGGGUAGGAUUAAGUAUUAUUACUUUUAUCAUUCUUGCAAAUAGCAACUGUAAUAUCUGUAAUGUCUCAAUUAUUACAAUUUCUUAGAAAGAAGUCAGUUAUGGUAAACAUUUUUUCCUUGUCCAGUCAGCUAUAUCCAUUUGCUUUUGUUUUUUCAUCUAUAUUAAUCUUGAAUGAAGAACCCAGGCAGAUGCAUGUAGAUGUUGUAAGUUAAUUUGCUUCUUGGGUCGAUCUGUUUUUGACCAAGUUUUAUUCUCAAUUUGCUUUGUCUCCUACCUUAAAUAUUCAUGAAUUAGGGCUUGGAGACUAAGGAAAUUUAGAAUCAACUCACUGAUCAUAGUUAUUUACUACCUUGUACACACUGUUUCAUUUUCAUUUUACUGGAAUUUGGGUGGAUCUGCUAAAGCACAAGUAUGUUUGUCUGUUGCUGAUUUUUACUUUCAUGUUAUCAAAAAUGAAAUCCAAAGGAGUCAGUGAAUUAUGGUUAAAACUCUAUAAAGAGGGCAGUUACCAGACUCUGACAAAAUUGUCGGUAAAUUGUUAUAAAAAUAACAUCUAUGUAUUAAUUGUCGGACACAUAAGAAGGGAUGGUUGCCACCCCGCCUCUGAGGUUUUUCUGAGUUUUUUCCUAGAUGAUAAAACAUCAGCACCUGACAUUUUCAGAAGCUGUUCCUUUAUCCCUCACGGGCAGUUUGAGACAAGUUUAGUGAUUGUCAGUUACUAUGGGUAGGACAGAUCAAUGUCAGUUGUCCCUGUUCAAACGAAAACCUGACAUUUUUAAGAAAUUCACAAAGAUACAUAUGGGCCAUUAUUCAUUGAUGAGUUACACCACACUUGUUUUUUGCUUUAGGAGGGAAAAGGGUGGCGGGAAGCAGUUUGUUUGCUACUUAUAUAGAGCCAGGAAUUGAGGGCCGGAAACUACAUUUAAAAAUCUGUUCCCAGAAUACUCUUCUUGAGUCUUCUGGUUGUUAGCCUGCAAAUGCAGCCAUAUUUCUGGCCGUCACAAGGCGUCUGCUCAUGCAGGCUAGGUGGUUGUACUGCGGUAAAAAAAAUUCUUUUUUUUUCAGUUUUUCUUGUCCAGAGCAGACAGAGAAGCAUUGGAUAAUGGGGUAUGUAGUUAAGUGUAGUUUUGUUUUGUUGGCUUAUCAGGUUCUUAAUAGAAUGGAUGCUGAAAAGCUAAUUCUGUUUUAGUGGUCAAGACAAUCAGUCAAUCAAUUAGUGUAAUUUCAUCCACAGCUUGGAAAAAUCCAGGAUGGUGUAAUAAAAAGUAUCACAAGAUGGUGCUGCCUAAAAAUGCAGCUUUUAUUUAAAUUGUCACACUUUAGGAUUUCAUCCACAAACUCAGAAGUAAGGACCACCCUAGCAUAAUCCAGUAUUAAUAAUGAUAUACGGUGCAACAUGACAUGAGGAGUAGUAGGCAUCCGUCAGUCUUCGAGAUCCUGGAUUUGCACACUGGUCAAGCUGGGUUUAACAGUGUGUUCUGUGGUUGCACAGUCCGAUGUGGGCUACAGUGGCAGUCUCUUCUCACUGCAAUGUGAGCAGAUGGUUGUUGUUGGUUCUCUCCUUUGUUCCGAGAGGUUUUUGUCCAGGUACUCCAGUUUUUCCCUCUCCUCAAAAAUGAACAUUUCCAAAUUCCCAUUCGACCAGGAAUCAGGUAGACGAAGAACCACUUUGUGGAUGUGCUACCUUCAAAUUAUUAUUUAUUUAUUUAUUUAUUUGUAGUUGGUAGUGUCUCUUUGGAGUUCUUUAUCUUUCCUGCAUUGUCUCUGCAUUGUUCUCUUUCCUGCAGUGUCUCUACAUCUGAUAUGCCUUCUCAGCCAAUGACACAGGAGAGAAUGGCUCCAAAUAUAGACUGAAACAUUACUUUAAAAAUGCAUCAAUAACAUUCCUUGACAUAAACAAAGCUAUGCAGCUGAGAUGUACUUGAUUUGAAAUUAUAUUUGUGGAAUUUUUUGUAGGACCCUAAAGAGGUUCUAGAAAAAGUAUCAAGAAAGCUUCCAGUAAUGACAAAAACUCUAUCAGGAGGUAAGAAAUAUGUUAUUUACCAAUAGCUUGUGCUAAAAACUGUUGCAUACCUGUAUGAUCAUAGGAAUUUUGAAUGGGAAUGCAUUUUGUGUGUGAGAAGAGUGAACUGUUAACCCUGUGAUGCCUCUGUGAUGCUGUAGCAUCACGUCAAUGUUGUCCGAAUAACAAUAGUGAACUUAUGCAACAGGACGGGAGAGAAAAGAAGGCGGCAAAUCUUUUUUGACAAUCGUCACAAUAAUUUUGUGAUGAGCAUAGGAGGCAUGGGUUAGUAGGAUUGUCUGGGGGCAUUCCCUAGAAAAUUGUACAAUCUAGAGGCUCAGAAAUGGUAUUUUCAACCUUCUUCAUGAGAUAUUUCUUAAAAAAUGCUCAACCUGGAUAAAGUGUGAAAUGACAAGUACAUCUAGUGCUUACAGCAAUAUCAUGGAGGUUUUGUAAACUUGACACAUAUUUCUCAGCUUUCUAUAUGUCCCGCCCUUAGUACACUGGCCUGUGUUUUUAGACAAACUUCCGUUGGGGGGGGAGGAAGCGCACGCUGGGAAAAUGUUAAAAACACGUAAACACAAAAUGUUUCCGACAGUUUUUGUCUAAGUUUUUGUAAAAUAAAGCAAGUUUGAUUCAAGCAAUGGUUUCAUGUAGUGAAUACGGUCUUUUUUGUAGUAAUUUACUUCUUUUCUCGGAUAACUGGUUCAAGCAUUUAAUCAAACUAAUGUUAAUGGGAGUAGUAUGUUAUUCAGUGAGAAAUUCAUAUGAACCUCGUACUAAAACAAACACAAAAUGUUUCCUCUACAAAAGUGGAGGGCUGUACCGCCCUUUUCCCCCCCUCCCCCAUCAGCCUCUCCAGCUUCGCUGUUCCUCUCAGUGAAACAUAAAUUCUGUGCGUCUCCUUUGAAUAAUAAUAAUUAGGACUAGGAAACGGAGGAAAUCCUGAUUAUCAUACUAAGUUGAAAUGCUAGUCUAACCUGAAAAUGGAUUUGACCUACAAGCGUAUAUACAUGCACUGCAUGAAGAGGAUAUUAUUUUGUGGCAAGUCAAACACACAUUUAAGUUUGGCAUAACCAAAAUCUGGGAAGAGAUUCCUGCUAACGCAAAAACACUCAGCCACUACCAGUUCAAAAAACAAUUCAAACUAAUUCUGCUUAACCCUCAAAGUUAACUACAUAUAAAAUGACCGCCAUCAUCGUGCAUAUUUGCCAUGGCACCUAGCGUACAUAUUAAGUAUUUUCUUUUUAUAAUCCAGCGGUGGUUAGCUUGAAAGCUGAGCUCCUCUGGCUGACGGCCAUACACUUCUACCAAAGCCAUUAGUGUCUCUUAUUUGUUAUUUCAUUCCCACUUUACUAUAUACUGUGUAAAUAACAUAUACAAGUGUGAAAAACCUAAACUGAACUGAUCUUGGUUACUUUUAUUCCAGCUGCUAGAUAUUGUGAUGUAUGUCAAGCUAUAAAACCCGAUCGAUGCCAUCACUGUUCUAUGUGUAGAAAGUAAGUUGGGCUUUGCUCAGGAACUACUGUUUCAAUUUAUACAGAACGUGAUGUUACUGUACCAGUGAAGCAUGUGGUGUACUUUUUUGGACAUUUAGGUUGCUUUGUUGUUUUUCGGUGUUUUGAGAUACCUUAACAUUGCAAUUCUUUACCCAUAAAUGCCUAACAUUUUUUAAAUAACACAAAACUCAGGCUAUUCGUACAAUUUCCAAACUAAAGCUCCUUUAAGUAGGUAAGCCAAAACCAGCCGGAUAGAUACCUACUGCUUGCAACAAUUUUUUGGUUUAUAUAUAAGUUGGUUAAUUAUUGUAAUGGAUAUAUUAACAACUUUCAAUAAACAGAAAACAUGAUUAUGCAAACUUCAUUAAUUACUACAUAUUCAUUUGUAAUUUGUUACAGGUGUAUUCUAAAAAUGGACCAUCACUGUCCUUGGGUGAAUAACUGUGUAGGGUUCACAAACUACAAGUUUUUCCUUCUGUUUCUGUUUUACGCCAUUCUCUACACACUCUAUGUCACAGGAACAGUAACUAAGUACUUUGUGGCAUUUUGGAAUGUGAGUUUAUGAUAAUUAUAAUUAUUAUUGUAUUGAUAUUAAAUUCAGUUUUGUCCAAGUUACCGUACUGGAGAAUUAAAGCAACCACUGUUGCCAUGAAUGGAACAAAAAUAGUGAACUUUAAUGGACUAGACAAAAAUUAUUGGAUAAAAUCAGUUAUAUGUGGAAAAACACAAGCCCAUCUCUGUUUGUUUGCUUGUUUGUUUUGUUUUAGUAUUUCAAGCACUUAUGAUGUUAUUACUUUGUAUUGCAGAACACAUUAGAGGGAGAUGGCAAAUUACACAUCCUGUUUCUAUUUUUUGUUGCUCUCAUGUUUUUUAUUAGUCUUUGGUCCCUGUUUGGCUAUCAUUUAUAUCUAACUGGAAAUAACAAGACAACAUUGGGUAAGUUCUAUCAGCCUGCAGAACACUGCAUUACUUAUUUAACAUUUGUAGCUGUGAAGAACUUGCUGGGUUAGCGGCAAACUGGCGCACAGUGUUUUUUUAACGUUGGAACCUUGGAGAAAAUAACCAAGAGGAAGAGAAAAAAGUAGCUGAUGUGUGUAAAGCAAGGUGAAGGGAAGACCAGUGGUGGUUACUAUUUACACAAACCACCUGGGUGGAUAGUCUGAAUUUCAGACGAUUGCUUUGAGUUAUUUUUACUCCCUCAGCAGCUUAUGGAGUAAAAGCAACUCGAAGUAAUCGUCUGAAAUUCAGGCUACCGGGUGGAAAUCUUGUGCUUAAAUAAAACUAUAAAAUUUCAUGUGGUGGGAGAAUGAACCACUACAAAGUAUAUCUAAAUCAGCGGAACAGACUCAAAAGAGAAGAAAAAUUGCAUCACCUCAAAAGACAGCCCAUAUUUUAGUUUCACAAAUGGAAUGGCAUGAACCAUUUGAUUUCCAGGUGAAAUUUCCAGUUUUCUCUUUUAAAUGUUGAGUAUGGUACUCCAGAUUUCUUAGAAGCGGCGAUCCUUGGGACUGGGUGAAAGUCUUAACUUCUCAUAGUGUUCUUUCCUUUUGUAAGGAACUUUGCUUCACUUUAUUAGGAAAGCGAUAUAAUCACAAAAUGCACUGUAGAGUUUAAAAAAAAAAAAAAAUCAAUGACAUGGAAGCUUUGGGGAGUGGUGAUGUUUUACAUACACCAUAAGCAUAAAUAUUAUAUAUAAAAUUUUUUUCAUUCUUUUUUUAUGUUCACAGAAUCAUUUAGAGUUCCUCAUUUUUAUUAUGGCCCUGACAAAAAUGGCUUUAGUCUGGGUUCUGUCAUGAAGAAUGCUGAACAAGUUUUGGGGCUCAAUAGGUGGUAUUGGUUUUUACCUGUCUACACCAGGUAAGAUUUUUCUGUAGUUUACUGAAAUCAUCUUUAAGUAGCUAUGUAAGAGUGUCUGCAUCUUUAAGAAUUGGUUAAAUCCAUUUUUAUCUCUUCCAUCCUAAACCAUCUGUAUUGCAUGUAGGCAGACUUGCCAACCCUCAAGAGGAAAAAAUCUUGAGGUUGGGAAAAGUAGUGCAAGGUGGGAAAAAGUCAUGAGAUGUCCUAAUUAUCCCUAGUGAAAGGAUUUCCAGCAGGGAUUAUGGGUAUUAGAAGUCAUGUAUCAUUUUUAAGUGGGAAAAUCAUGAUCAAUCCUCUUUGUUGCUGCUGACAUGGACACUUUUGUUGACAACCAUCUUGAAAUGAGAGAUUAUGUAGGUUUAUUUUUUAGCAGUGAGUUUGCACAUGUGGUGGCAGUGAAACGUCACUGUAGAGUUUUAGAGUUGGCUGAAGAAUAAAAACAAUGCACCAAGUUGGCAAAUCACACGUUUACUAAUCAAAUGCGACUGCGAGGCAUUUUCUUUAAAUUUAGUUUGCUGUCUAACUUAGAUAUGAACCCUACAGAGGCUUCAAAUUUUUUGUAGUGUGACUUUUGGAGAAAGCAUGAGAAAUCAGUUGUCAACUCAUGAGAGUGUAAGAUAAGGUUUGAAUUCGUGAGACUUGGCAAGUCUGUAUUAGGUGUUAAAGGGAUUACUAAAUCAUUUAUUUGACAGUAUCGGAGAUGGAGUCCGCUUUCCAAUCAUAAACCAGCCAGAGGAAGAUUCGCUAUUAAAUGCCCAGCACCGCUGGUUGGAGGAAGGGGAACUAGAUGGACAUGAAGAUCAACAGUAUGAAAACAAAGAGGAUUCAUCAGCAAACAGCUUGGAUGUAUCUACAGCAGAACUGGUAAAUGAGAAUGAAGUUGAAACUCAGAUGCCCAACAGAGCCCGACCAGAUGUAGUAGCAGUUCAGGAAUAUGAGGAAGUCAAAGACGGAACAUCCACCCUGUAAUACAGUAUUAAUCAAUGCACUCAAGAGAGUCACUCAAGUUUCCUUGUGACCAGAAGCUAGCAGAGUUUUCUGCUUGUUUCUGAGAGGAUUUUUGUGCGGGAUUGGUAAAGAAAAUGACAGGA